AUGCCAGGCAGCAUAAGUGCAUGUGUGUCAUGUGAGCUGUCAAAGGAGUCCUUGACAGAAAGUACACAAAGACUUGUUGGUUUUGCCAUUGGAACUGGAAGUAUUCUAGCUGCACAGUUUCUGACACAUCCAUUCACAGUCUUCAGGAGACAAUGCCAGGUAAAUCAUGGUGCUAGGAAGUACCACCUGUCACCAUUCACUGUGUUCCAGAUUUUACUCCGUGUGAGACGAAACCAGGGUUAUGGUGCUCUGUGGAAGGGUUGUGGAAGUACCUAUGUCGUGUGUGCUGUCAAUUUCUUUAGUGAAGCAGCAAUUAGCAGUCUGACUCAUCUACCUCAUGAAACUCCUGAUAGAAAGAGUUCUUGUAAAGAAGUAGGAGGCCAUCUUCUUUUAAAAGGGUAAUAUCCUUUUGCACUUGAAUUGAGUGUGGCCAGGACCAUAACUACAGCUAGCGACCUCACACGUGACCAAGACAACAUACUGGACAGCUUAAAAGACUGGAUGUACCGCAUUGUUGGCUGGGAUAGAUCUUCAGGUCGACACGGCCGCCUCCUGCCCAUGUGGACCCUGGUGCUGCCCACAAUACUUCACGGCUUGCUCUCUUACAUUCUGGGCACAUUGAUUCAACACUUGGUACUUUUGAAAAUGAAGGGUAGGGGCAUACACACAUCACCUGAUACUGCUCCUACAUCAUCAGAUGAAGAACCUCCAGGUCCCACAGACAUGGCCCAGACAUACUACCCAGAGCUUGUGGCCAAUUUUCUGGCCUUGUUCAUCCCAGAAUUCUUGUUGUAUCCUCUGGAGACAGUUCUUAAUCAGCUCUAUGUCCAGGGCACAAGGACCAUCAUUGAUGAUCUGGACACUGGUAGCGGUGUGGUACCGCUGUGUACUAACUAUGACGGUAUGUUGGACUGUGUCCGCUCCAUCUGGAGGGAUGAAGGAGUCGGAGGAUUUUACAAGGGCUUUGGUGCCUUACUGAUCCAAUUGUUAAUCCAUUGGCUCAUUCUCAAGAUGACUCAGUUUGUGUAUAGAGAAAUGUCCCGAGAUUUUAAGGGCAAAUAACUUAGUUAGGACCCAAGAGAAAGUGAUUUAGAACCAGUAUAGAGAUAUUUUAUAGAGUUCGUCUGUUACAGUUGUUUGUGGUGCAGAUGAACUCAUGGAGCAACUUCCCUUGUUGAAAUAAUUGAGAACAAUAUUGGUUGGAGGUUGUCUGAUACCCACAGAUAUGAAAGAUGAUUUUACUAACUAGAAUUUACGCGUGUCGAGAUUAUUCCGUAUUUUUAGCUAUUAAUCUAUUAUAUCUUCUCAAAAGAAGUUGUUGUGUGUUCGUCCUGAAAACCUUUAUUUAUAUUGUCAGUAAUACUAAUGCUCGCUCCACCAGCACAGUUUUCUUUGAUAACCUAAAUUGUCAGCGGUCACCUUGACCUCUCUCGUAAGUUGGCCAUACUUUACGAAAAAGACUCAAAAAGCCAUAGUCAUCUUUAAAGAAAGUUUUGAAACAGUAUUACCGGAAUCCGCGAAAUUUCUUUCUUCUCGAGUCUUUUCUUUUUCUGAAAAGCGAGUUCUUAAAUUUGCAUAGUAUCUUGGGGUAUUUUGGGCUCGUUUCGUUGGGAUAUGCUCCGAGUAUAAAUGAAUGCAUUGGAAAACCUAGAUAGUUUACGCUAUAGAAAGUAAGAUAUCUCCCAGAGUGAUUCCUCAGAGGAGCGGAUUUUCAACAUUUUGGAACAAGGAUAUGAGUAGUACUUCGACUUAUUGUGGUUUCGGAAUGGUAGAAGUAAGUCCUAAAUGAACAGUUUUGGUGUUAAACUGUUUUGGUGCUUGUAAAAGUAGGCCUGGGGUAUGGUACCUGUAAAAUGCACGACUUCAUUCCUUGCCUUGUCAUUUCGAAAUAAAAUUCUGCUACACCCUG